GAUUGUAUGGAAGUUGUUGGUGUUUUAUUCGAUCAUUUCAAAACUUUUGGUGAAAAUGGUUUGUGUUUCAAUAAAAGAAAUGAAUGAAUGAAUGACAAAACAAUUGUGAUGACCACAUAAUUAUGAAACCAUUGAUAAUCUAUGUAAAACAAAGUUAUUCAUUAUUACGCGGUGGCUUUAAUCUACAGCAAACAACACCAUUUGUAUCAUGCGAGUCAUUAGCAACAAUUAUUGAUUUGAAUAAUAAUGAAUUACAACAACAAAACUAUGAACAACCUUUAAAACCAUCAUUAUUAUGUGCCUGUCCAAUUUCAAUAGAAAUAUUAAUGCUUUUAUCGUUGAAACAAUUACCGUUUGAUGUAAAACUUUGUAAUGCAAAUAAAAUGUUACCAGAAGAAUUAUGCUAUAGAAUGAUACAUCAAUUACCGGUACUGAUUGAUCCAAACAAUGGUCAUCAGAUUUUAGAAUAUCGUAUGGAUAUUGUUGAUUACAUUGAACGAAAAUAUCCGACCAAAACAUUUGAAUUUAAUUUUUCAUUCGAUAAUCAUUGCAAUGAUAAUCAACAUCAACUGAAUUGGAAGUUAAUCACCGUAAUACAUAUGGUUAAUCGAAGAUUUUAUCAUUACAUACAACAACAAACAAGAUCACCAUCACGAUUUAUGUUGAAUGAUUUAGCAGCGAUUCGUCAACAACUAAUUAAUGGUUUAGGUGAAUUGAAUCGCGUUUUAACACUGUUUGGCACUAGAUAUGCCAUGACCGAUGAACAACCGACGAUGAUUGAUUGUCAUAUGAUGCCACGUUUACAUCAGAUACGUGUGAUAUUGAAACAAAUGGAUGGCAUCGAAAUACCAAACGGUUUACGGUGUUUGUGGCAAUAUCUUAACGAAACAUAUGAAUGGAAUAUAUUUCGUCGAUGGUGUCCAAGUGAUCAAGAAAUCCAAAUCCAUUGGUUAUUGAAAAUGAAUAAUUCGUCUCAGCGACAGUUUCGAAUGAAAUUAAUGCAAUUAAUUCGUUCCUCGCCUACAUAUAGUUUUGAUUGUCCAGUGUAUGAAAAUCAAGUGACCAAGCUAUGAUAUGACACUGUAACAGAAUUUUUAUUAAUAAAAAAAACCAAUCGUUUGUUUGCACUCAA